UGUGAAAACAUAAAUUAUAAUGAAACCAGUGGGUUGCAAUCAGUAGCCUCUAGCACAUCAGCUGAAAUCACUGAUACAAUCGAAGUCGAAGAGAAUCAAGAUAAUGAAAUGCAAAGUUUGGCCUCAAGUUUUAAG